UUUCAUGUAGUCUGACUAGUGAAACGAUAUAUAUUUCUUUAGCAAAAUGUAUAUCAAGUCCAUAGUGCUAGACGGGUUCAAGUCUUACGGAAACCGAGUAGAGAUCACCGGUUUCGAUCCAGAAUUUAACGCUAUUACAGGAUUAAACGGCACAGGGAAGUCGAAUAUCUUGGAUUCUAUAUGUUUCGUUCUAGGAAUCACUAACUUGUCCAAUGUGAGAGCGGGGAGUUUACAGGAGUUAAUCUAUAAACAUGGGCAAGCGGGCAUCACGAAGGCUACAGUCAGCAUUACCUUUGACAAUCGCGACAAAAAUCAGUGCCCAAUUGGUUAUGAAAACCAAGACGAAAUCACAGUUACCAGACAGGUGGUAAUGGGUGGUAAGAACAAGUAUUUGAUAAAUGGCAUCAAUGUGCAGAACAAGCGUGUCAGCGACCUUUUCUGCUCAGUGCAGCUUAACGUCAACAACCCUCACUUCCUCAUCAUGCAGGGACGCAUUACUAAAGUUCUUAAUAUGAAACCACCCGAGAUCCUAUCCAUGGUAGAAGAGGCAGCUGGUACAAGAAUGUAUGAGGCCAAAAAGCAAGCUGCUCAAAAAACGAUUGAGAAGAAAGAUGCUAAGCUUAGAGAACUUAAUGAUAUUAUCAGGGAGGAUAUAGCUCCAAAACUGCAAAAGCUCCAAGAUGAGCGCGCGCAGUUCCAGGAGUUCCAAAAGGUCAAUCGCGAGUUAGAGAAUCUCACCAGGCUGGUUGUAGCCUACAAUUACGUAACAACGGAAAACAAAGUCAAAGAAAUAGAAGCUAAAGUGAAAGAGGUGAAAGAUGAUGUCAAGGGUAAGAAGGAGGCCAUUAAGAACAGCACAAAGGAGUUUAAACAAAUCGACAUCAAGAUUGCUGAUUUGAAUAAGAGACUGGACGAGGAGAGCGGCAGCGCGCUGCGCCAGCUGGAGACGGACCUGCUGGCCUUGGAGAAGAACGAGGCGUCGGCCAGCGCCGCCUUCAAGGCCGCCAAGGACACGCUGGCCUCGCACGAGCGGCGCGCGCGCCUGCUGGACCGCGCGCUGGGGGACGACGAGAAGGCGCUGGCCGCCAAGAAGGUGGAACUCGAAAAGCUGUCAUCGACGUUCGAGAGCCUGCGCACUGCCAGCGCCACCGGCGAAGCCGCGCUGGCGGAGGCACAGGCCAAGUUCCUCGCCGUCAGCACGGGCUGCGAGGAAGGCACCGACUCGCUGCAGGACCAGCUCAUGGCUGCAAAACAGGAGGCCUCAGAAGCAUCAACGCGCAUAUCGCAAAGUAUGAUGGAGAAGAAACACGCGGAAGAGAGACUUCGGGCUUUGGAGAAAGAAUUCAAAUCUAGCAGUGCACAGUUCCAAAAAGACCAGGACAGCAUCGGGCGGCAACAGGCUCAGGUGGAACAGUUGCAGGCGGAGCUGUCCCGCAUGAACUUCAGUGAGGAGCGCAACGCGGAGCUGAAGCAGCUGGUGCGCUCGCUGCAGAGCGACAUCCGCCAGAAGCGCGAUGCUGUUGAUAGAUUGUCGGCGAGGCUACAGCGCUGCGAUUUCAAGUACUCGCCGCCACAAAGGGACUUCGACUCCAGGAGAGUGUCCGGUACUGUAUGCAGACUCAUUGAUGUGUGUGAUCCAGUGUACUGCACUGCCUUGGAAACCGCUGCUGGAGGACGGUUGUACAACGUGGUAGUGGACACGGAAGUGACGAGCAAACUGCUACUGCAGCGCGGCAAUCUGCAGACCCGCACCACUAUCAUUCCCUUGAAUAAGAUCAGCGGCUAUGCCAUGGAUGCCAACACUGUGCGGUUGGCGCAAGAGAUUGGCGGCGGGCCGGAGAACGUGCAGCUGGCGCUGAACCUGAUCUCGUUCGAGAGCAACCUGCAGCCGGCCAUGGCCUGGGUGUUCGGCAACACGCUGGUGUGCCGCGACGCCGACACGGCCAAGCGCGUCACCUUCCACCCGCGCGUUAAGCGCCGCUGCGUCACGCUGGACGGGGACGUCUACGACCCGUCGGGGACGCUGUCCGGAGGCGCGAGGGCCAAGGGUGGUUCCAUCCUGGUGCAAAUCCAAGAAUUAAAAGAACUAGAACGGCAGUUGCAACAUGCUGAGUCACAGCUCGCGCAGUGUACCACCGAACUGAGUCAGAUGCAACGUGUAGCUGAUAAAUAUGCUUCCACACAACAGAGAUACGAAAUGAUGUCUCACGAGUUGGAAGUGGUGAAGGCGCGAGUUGCGACCACUACUCACGCGCAGCUGCACCAAGAGAUUGAGUCCUUGCGGCAACAGGUAAACGAAUUAACAGAGGCCGUGGAACGAGAUAAAGUAACUCAAAAGGAAACCGCCGCUAAAGCAAAGGAGUUGGAAGCCAAAGUUAGAGAUAUAAAAGGGCACAGAGAAAGAGAAUUCAAGAAAGCAGAAGAAGCAUUGAAAAAGGCGAAAAAGGAAGCAGAACAGCAUAGCAAAUCUUGGAAACAAAGGGAACAAGAGUUCGAAACAUUGCGUCUGGAAGUCUCCGAGUUGGAGCAAGCUGUGACCAAUAGCAAACAGCAAUUGGAGGACACCGUGCAGGCCACUGUGGGGUUGCAGGAAGCAUUGCAAGAAGCGAAAGAUGAACAUAACUCGACGUCGGAAGCAGUAAAAGAAAUGCAAGCUCGUAUCAAGAAGCAAAAGUCCAAAAUCGCCAGUCAGAAUAGCGACAUCGCCCAGCUGCUGCAGACCAAGGAGCAGCUCACUAAGCGGAACAACGAAUUUCAUCUCAAAAUCAAAGAACAAGAUUUCAAAAUCAAAGAGCUCGAGGAAGAGGUCAACGAUUGUGAGAGAAGUUUAAGAAUAAUGGAAGAAAGCAAUCAGUGGAUAUCGUCAGAGAAGCAAUAUUUCGGCGCUGCGGGAGGAAUGUACGACUUCCAAGCGCGACAGGCCGACUUGGCGCAACAGAGGGUCUCCACACUCGAGGAAAAGAAAGAGCGGCUGGCCAGGGGACUCAACGCCAGGGCGCACACUCUCCUGAGCAAGGAAGAGGAACAGUACACAGACGUAUUACGCAAAAAGAAGAUAGUGGAAGCAGAUCGAGCGAAGCUGGUGCAGGUGAUGGCGGAGCUGGACGAGAAGAAGAAGAAGACGCUGGUGACGGCGUGCGAGCAGGUGAACCGGGACUUCGGAUCCAUCUUCAGCACUCUGCUGUCCGGAGCGCAGGCUAAGCUAAGGCCUCCCGACGGACUUACGGUCUUGGAUGGGCUGGAGGUGAAAGUGGGCUUCAACAACGUGUGGAAGGACUCGCUGGGCGAGCUGUCGGGCGGGCAGCGCUCGCUGGUGGCGCUGUCGCUGGUGCUGGCCAUGCUGCUGUUCAAGCCCGCGCCGCUCUACAUCCUCGACGAGGUGGACGCGGCGCUGGACCUGUCGCACACGCAGAACAUCGGCCAGAUCAUCAAGGAGCACUUCCGCCACUCGCAGUUUAUUAUUGUAUCCCUAAAAGACGGCAUGUUCAACAACGCCAACGUCUUAUUUCGCACGCGUUUUGUGGACGGCAUGUCUUCCGUGCAGAGAACUGUCAAUCCCCGCAGAUGAUCCUAUCGUGAUAAUGGGGAUGUCCUAUCUCCAAAUGUCACAGCGAGACAUUAAAUGACAAUAUAUAAAUAGAAUAACAAAAACAUGGCUGUAUAAAUUUGAAGUGUAGAUCGUAGUGCAGAGAGAUUCCGAAAUUUACAUGAAUGAUCUUCAGUGCGUUGGUUUUGAAACCAUCGUCUCGUGCUGUUUCGCCAUCGAAAAGGCGCACUCCAGGCUGCUCUUGGACUACGACGGUGUUAAUUAUGAACAAUAACUUCGCCUUAAAUAAAGUAUGACAGGGUUGUGAUAAGGCAAACAAUAAAUUGUUUAAGACCACAGCUUACAAUCAAACAUCACAUUUUUUUAGAAGUAAAUAAGAAGUAACGUCAAAACAGGGAACUCUGUUUGGAUAUUUUCGAGACUUAAACGUUACCAGAACGUAUCCUAUAGUGAGCGUGUUACUUCACUUCUAAAAUCACAAGGGACUUGCUGAAACAAAAAG